CAGGCAAGCGCAAACCAAAAUAAAACUGAGAGGUACAAUAGAUAUAAACUUUAUAAUAGGCGGCAGUUCAUUUUCAAAUUUAGUCUUCAUUCGACGUUAAAACCCGUUCCCAACAUGGCUUUGAAAAAGGUUGAUGUAAAAUAUACAAAACUAUUCAUAAACAAUCAAUUUGUGGAUUCCGUUAGUAAGAAAACAUUCCCUGUUCUAAACCCAAGUACCGGAAAACCCAUAGCCAAUGCUGCGGAAGGGGACAAAGAGGACAUCGACAAAGCUGUGAGUGCAGCAAAAGCUGCAUUCGCAAGGGGCUCGAAAUGGAGAUCCAUGGAUGCUUCCAGCAGGGGAAUCAUCAUUAACAAGUUUGCAGAUCUUGUAGAACAACAUCUAGAUGAAAUAUCAGAACUGGAGGUGCUUGAAAAUGGAAAAACUUUGGAAUUAGCUAAAAUGUGUACCCAAUUUGCCGUAUCAGUAUUUAGAUACUAUGCUGGUUACUGUGAUAAAAUAUAUGGUGAAACUAUUCCUGCUGACGGUCCAAUUAUGUGUAUGACUCGUAAAGAACCUCUAGGAGUCGUAGGACAAAUCAUCCCAUGGAAUUACCCUGCUUUGAUGCUUAGUUGGAAGUGGGGCCCUGCACUGGCUGCUGGCUGUACAUUGGUCUUGAAACCAGCAGAGCAGACUCCUCUCACUGCAUUGUAUUUGGCUGCUCUAACUAAAGAAGCCGGUUUUCCAAAUGGAGUUAUUAACGUAGUUAAUGGGUUCGGUCCUACUGCCGGAGCAUCGUUGGCUUUACACAAGGAUGUUAGGAAGAUUGCAUUUACUGGCUCAACUGAGAUUGGACACCGUAUAAUGGAAUAUGCUGCUAAAUCAAACUUAAAAAAAGUUUCAUUGGAGCUUGGAGGCAAGAGUCCCUUGGUUGUUUUUGAUGAUUACGACGUUGAUGAAGCUGUCAAAAUUGCUGGUUUUGCAAUCUUCGGCAACCAUGGUCAAAGCUGUUGUGCUGGUUCUAGAACGUACGUGCAAUCUGGAAUAUACGAUAAAUUUGUAAAGAAAGCUGCUGAAUUUGCUAAAGGCAUUACAGUAGGAGAUCCUUUUGCACAAGGCAUAAUUCAGGGACCACAGGUUGACGAACCAUCUUUAACUAAAAUUCUCACUAUGAUUGAAAGUGGAAAGAAACAAGGAGCGAAAGUGGAAACAGGAGGUAGCAGAAUAGGAACUGAAGGCUACUUUGUACAACCAACUGUGUUCUCGAAUGUCACAGAUGAUAUGACCAUCGCAAAAGAAGAGAUUUUUGGACCUGUCCAGUCUAUCUUAAAAUUCGAUACCCUUGAGGAAAUUAUAGAAAGAGCCAACGACACAGAAUAUGGAUUAGCUGCUGGAGUCAUCACAAAUAAUAUUACCACAGCUCUAACUUAUGCACAAUCUGUUGAGGCUGGUUCCGUUUGGAUAAACUGUUACGAUGAAGUACUAGGACCACAAACUCCAUUUGGAGGUUACAAGAAAUCUGGAAUGGGUAGAGAUUUGGGUCCAGAAUCGGUUUACGAAUAUGUAGAAACUAAGACAAUCUCUAUAAAAAUGCCUUCUAAAUUCUAAAAUUUGUUAUGCAAGUCAAAAUGUUCUCAUGUAUAUAAAUAUAUAUUGUUAAUCAUUCAGUUAUGAAUGUUAUUAAAAUGUUUGUUAUUCGUUGCCAAAUGAUUGUUAAUGUUUUUUUUUAAUAAAAUUUGCAAGCCUU